CUAUCAUGGCACUGCAGCAAGCAGUGGCAGUGGCAGUGGCGGUGGCCGUGGCGGUGGAGGUGGAGGCGUCGGCGGCGGCGUCGGCGGCGGCGGUGGCCGUGGCAGUGGCAGUGGCGGUGGCAGUGGCAGUGGCAGUGGCGGUGGCAGUGGCAGUGGCAGCGGCGGUGGCAGUGGCAGUGGCAGUGGCGGUGGCAGUGGCAGUGGCAGUGGCGGUGGCAGUGGCAGUGGCAGUGGCAGUGGCGGUGGCAGUGGCAGUGGCAGUGGCGGUGGCAGUGGCAGUGGCAGUGGCAGUGGCAGUGGCAGUGGCAGCAUUGUAAAAUGGCAGUGUGACCUCCAGCAGGAGCA